AUGCGGAAGCAAGGUGUAGCCGAUACGCAGGACUUCUUCACGUUAAGGGAUAUAUGCUUUGAUUGUUGGCGCGCAUUAGUGUUCCACAACGAGGCGUUCCAGAAUUUAGAGGAUAUUCUGGAACACCCUAAACUGCACCAACGCUUUGAGCAACUAUGCACAUUUGACCGUAGUGAUGGCGCGACGUGUGGCUUCUGCAGUGCGUCUACACUGCCUGCAGCAGUUACGGUCAAGGAUGACGUUCUGUUCGAGGCUAAUGAGGAUCUCCGGACGAUAAACUUCGACGGAUGGAAUCUUGAGGACCUCUUCUCGAACGCGGCUGUAGCCGCCGAGGCAUAUGACACACAGAAUAAACUAGUGUCGAGAGGGUGCACUGUUUCAAGGGGAUUCAACCUCUGCGUGCUGGCUGUCCACUUCGCACGUACGUUCGGACGUGAUAAGAGGUACCCUACAACAUUCGCGAAAAAUUACAUCAAACUUAACCUCACGGAAAAUGCAGUGGCACAUUUCAAUAGCGUGUGGCGUAGCAGGGUUGCUAUAGCAUCUAACUUCGUGGGAGAAACUUCUGCCAUUACCUCAGAUGCGGAUGAUCUUACGUUACUUAUACGCGCCUACUUCGACAAUGCGGGCAAUGCAGUGAAAAACAACCUUGAGAUAUACGAAAAACGGCUGAAGGAUGUGAUCAUAGGUAUACUCGAAAACGAAUUCGAUACGUUCGUAUCGGACUAUCAAGCCCUUUUCCGCUAUAUCGACCGUAUAUACCACGAAGACAGGCUCCUCUUCGAGCAACUUCUGCGUAUGCAGAUACACGUCUCAUUCGACGUACAGGACCGGCUCAAAAUCACGCAAUUCGACAUAUCUCGAGAUGUGGUAACUUUUGCCGGUUUCUACAACAAGUUCGCCAGAGGUCUUAGCCAGACUGUGUGGACCCUCGAUAAAAACGUAAAGAGCGACCUUUCGGUGGAAGAAUGCCUAUGUUUACCAUUGCUCACGCUGUGCAAUGCUGACACGUAUAAGUUCAUGGCAUCUGGCAGAGAAGACUGUGACGUAAGGACAACGGGGACCGGCAGAAAGUUUUGUGUGGAAGUAUACAACUGCAAAAGAGAUCUGUUCCUGGUGUACGAACUCAUUCACAAACUCGGACGAAAGACUGCGAUGGCUCAGAGCCAGAACUGUGAGGGACCCUGCCAGACGAUCGCGUGCCUGGGUGAACUCGAUAAAGUUACGCAGGAUUUGCAAGUCAAUGUCACAGAUGAACCGAAGGACCACUACUUUUUAGUUGCGGGAAAGCAAGCGCAUGACCAACACCCAACGCAUAGUAUUACCAUUUCAGGCGUGCCCAAGAUGUCUCUGACCGAAGCAUUCGACGGUGGAUCAGGUGACGAUGUGACAGUACCGAGUGCUGCGGGCUUCUACGGGAUACGGGUGGUGUUUAAUAGCAAAACAGAAAGACAAAUUGUACAACGUGACGCCGAGAACAAAAACAAAACAUAUUCGUGCGUGGUGAUCUGUGAAGAACCCAUAACGCUGGAAGACUUAAAGGCAUUGCCACAAGGACCAAUCACCAUCUCCCAAUGCAAUCCCAUACGCACCAGCCAUCGCAAAAGCCAGUGUAAAAGGGAACGGCAAAUACACCACAUCAGCGCCGAACCGAUACAUCCAAGGAUGUUUCUGCUGCACCUCACUACGCAAGCUGGUGAGAGUAACUUAAUAAAUCGUCUAAAUAACGCAGGUACAUAUAUCAAAGAAUUCGUAAGCGGCGACUACGGCCGAACUACACCGUCAAUAAAGGCGAUGCUUGGUGGCAAAGCCAUGUACGUCGCCCAAUUGGACGUAGUGGAUUUCUCGUGA